AUGAGUUUCCAAAAUCGAGGAACGUCUUCCCGUUCCUCUGAGGAAUAUGUGGGAGACCUGCGGAGUCGUCAGGGGCUGACCACGACUACUACGAACCGCGGGGAGUCCCAAUCGGGUACUACGGUUUUGGAAGGUCUGUCUGAGAAACUCCCCGCAUCCAACGGCAGUAGCGCCUCGGUGGUUGAGAAGCUGCGUGCUGAGAACUCAAAGUUGCAAACGGAUAUGCUCAGACUUGUGAAGCAAAAUCGACAGCUUCUGGACGAGAACAAGAAGCUGAAGGUGCAGAAGCAGGUCAUGGUUCACAGCGAAGAGGGCCUCAGGAGGGUUCUUGAUCAAGACCCCUUUGUCAAUAUGUCCUGUUUCGGUCAUAAUAACUACAAGAAUGUAUCGGACUUGUACUUCGAGCUGCAGCAUGAAAUUUGUUGGCUCGAGCGCGACGACAGAGGCCUCCGGCGGGUUCUUGAUGUGGUCAUCGUUCGCCUCUCGUACAAGGAUCUCGUUCUUGUCGAAUCACACGAGCAGAUGUCAGACGGCAGAGUGAGGAGCCGCAAUUUGCUCCCGGGUGUCAAGAAGCGUCUAUCUGAAACCAUCGGAGCUGCUCUCGAACGGUGGAUCCAUAAGGAGUUGGGAUUGAACUUCGACUGUCUCAAGCAGGCGGCCGCGUAUUCUUACUCUGAACAGGAGGCUGACAGCUCUCUGUCGUACCCGAUUCGUGUGUUAUUUCGUCUCCACGAAAUGUCGUAUCAACUGAUACCCGAUGCGCUGAGCAAGGAGCAACUCGCUCGAAUAGGACUCCCCAAAGGGCAUUCUUUUCAGACUUCGGAAGAUCUUUGUGAAGCCGUGAACGAUGACUCUGAUAACAAUGCUGAUCACGGUGCGGUUAUUUCGAGGGGCGGCAGCUCCUCGUGUUGUGGCUAUUUGAAAUCAGCGGUUCACUUUUGGGGAUGGUAUCAGAUGUCGUCAUGGGAGGCGGUGAACUCUGCGAGUCGGCAGACUAAUGCAGCGGAGAACAUCGAUCUCAGUGCUGCGAUAGAUAGGGCGCUCGGAUCGCAUCCUAAUAGGGCCGUUUACACACAGCUUUUGCUGCGUAUGUUUGGUGCAGCUUUCGAUUGCACGAGGCUGUCUGGUGGUUUUGGUGGUGGUUUGGUGCUCAGAGUGCAGCCCUUCGACUUGAGAGGCCGUCGGGAAGAGCCCGUUAUAGUGAAGUUGGAUACUAAGGAGUCAGUGGAGACUGAAGUUGCCAAUGCUAGGGAGGUGUAUGAAGUUCUGAGCGAUCAAGCUGCUCGCAUCCUCGGCGAGCCGAUUUAUGUUGGAGACUCCGGGGCGUUUAAACUCGAACUGGCUGGUGCAUGCUGGCAUGUUCCCGAGCUGGCCAACAGCUCAACGACGCUCUUGAACACUUUCAAAGAUCUGUAUAUUUAUGAGUCCGUCAAUAUGCUCCUCAACUCACUGCAGGCGUGUGGUCCGCCGAAAAUGCACCCAAAGUUGAUGUCGGACUGGCUCAGGAUUGAUCUGGAGCUAGCCGAACGGCUCUACCCUCGUCUGUGUUCGCUGAGGGGUUCUGAUAUCGCGCUGCAUUUUGCUAUUGAUGCUGCCUGUAAGGAUGGGUUUGCGGACAAGGCGCCGAUGUUGAAGGGCCGGCUGACUACUGACGCUAAGGUCACCAUUGAUGCAAUUCGUCAAGCGUUGCAGUACGUUGAUAGGAACUUGGUCAGCACGGCAUCACGCCACGAGGGCCUGAACUCAGCUUUGGAUUGUGAGCGGAAUACCUCUACGACCUCUACUGUGAAGUCAUCUGAUAUUGCUCCUCCUGGCACACCGUUGAAACAGCUAUCGAUGCCAGCGAUGUGUUUGAGACCAGACAGUGGCUCCCCGCUUCCCCCCAGUAGGGAAACUACCAAUUCUAGCUUUGUCUCGGCGACAAGUGACGACCCGCGCGAACCGCGACCGUUCGCGGAUGCAUAUGGUACAAGAAUUGGUGGUCGAUCAGUGAGUAGGACCGACCGAUAUUCGAAAACCAAUCUACGACGUUUGGUCAGCGACUCGCCGUGGGCCUCGAGAGUAGCGGUGAGCAGAGGCGGUCGAGGUUUGAGCUAUGUUAUGACUAAUAUAAGACGUAUGCGUCGUCUCUUCAAAGAGGGAUUCCGCUCUAGUCUGAAGCAUAUGCUACAUAAACGCCUGUUGCAGCAGCUCGGAGGUCUCAGCUCUGUCGAUUUGGACUCGCUGCAACUUUGGUUGCCCUUACUUCGUGAGACAUCGCGUAUCGUGGGCUAUGCGGACGUGCCUCCAUGGAUGAAGUUGAUUGCUGUUCACUAUAUUGAUAUGCUUUGCGAUAAGAUCUUAUUGGCAAUGGGUGGGCCUCUGUCGGAGGGGUGUUCUAUCAAUCUGAUCGAGUGGAUAAAUGCGGCUCCAAACUAUCCUCUUACGCUCCCACUGGUCUGUCGGUCAGCUAAUGACUCAUCGCAGGAGUUUAUGGAUAUUGUUGAUGGUGGCGAGGAGCUGGCGCCUCUCUCUUUGGAGGAUAUUGCUGUGAAUCCGGCAUCACCUGAUAGUCGGCUCCGUACAGGCUCUCUGCUGAGCUCGGCUGAGUUUGAGGAGGAAGCGGUCCGAUACAGAGCUAUGAUGAAGUCUCAAUAUGCUUAUGAGGUUGACUCGAUCAGUGGUCAUCAGAUGGAUGUGAUGCAGGCUUGUGCGAACUUUCGGUUGGUGCCGUGGAGGGAAGGUGCUGGUCAUAAUACUAUGUUCGACAUAGAGCAGUGUAUUCGGCGUGUUGACGAUCGGCUCAACGGCAAGUGCUUCGCGCGGCAGUUCUUGGUCUCUGGUGCUCCAGGGUCGGGAAAGAGCUGUUUGCUCAGAAGGUUGGUCAUCUACUGUCUGAAUAGUCAGAACGAUCUGUUGCCUCUGGUGAUUCCUGUGAGGGAGCUCGCCAAGAACUACGUCCUGUUGACUCAACAUACUGAUGAACGUUUGAGCACGUCGUCCUCUUCGAGUGCUGCUGCUGCCGGUGAUAACUCCUGCUGCUUGCUCGACACUGAUGCCGACGGUCCUGAUCCAGAGACCCUGCUGGAGGCUUGGAUGAGAUCCCGUCUUGGCGACGAGUCGAGCCGCCUGUAUCUGAUGCGAAUGAUGCUCGCUAGCGGUCGGUUGUUGAUUCUCAUGGAUGGUCUCGAGGAAGCUGGCUCUGCCAAGUGUACAAUAGAGAAGCUACUCUCAUUGCUUGCUGUCAAUAAGCAUCGUGUCGUUUGCACCGUUAGGGAGGGCUACCUCAGUGAUCACUCGCAAGAGAGUCUGACAGCUUCAGGUUUUGAAGGCUCGAGCCUCUCGUUGCUGGAUGCUGAACAAUGUCGGUUCGUGGCUAAUGCUCGCCUUGGUCAGGCUAGUGCUGCGAAGUUCGAGGACUUUCUGAACGAGUUCCGGGAUAAGGUCGCCAGUUCGCCAGAGGGCGUCGAGUUCAUCAACACCCCGGCUUGCCUGAACAUGCUGCUAUGUUAUUGGGAGCAGAAGCAUCCAGUCCGGUCGGACUCGGGCAGAAGGGCAAGCAUCAGUUCUUUGUGUAGGGAUCGCUCUUCUGGUCGGACCUCCAAUGCCAGCUUCAACACGAUGAGGAGGAUCGAAUCCCAGCCCCUCGAUGAGGAGGACCUCUCGGGGCCGAUGUACCCCAGCCCCUCCAAUGCUUGCGUCUCGCGAGCGCAUGAUCAGCGGACUAGGGUUGUUAUGAAGCAUCAAGCCGACCGUGCUAAGGUGAAGGACACUGUUGACCGAUACAGAACCCUCUUGGAGACGAUCGCUUUCUUUAUGAUGGUCGAGCGGAAGAACCGUUUCUCGGAGGACGACGUUGUGAGAUGGGGUCUCGUCAAAACUGAGUCUAACUCGGCAGCCUGGAGAGGUCUUUCUCUGUCUAUCAGUAGAGGUCGCCUGCCGCUCCUUGCUAGGCUGGCGGGUUCUAAGGAGACCUCGAAGCUAUAUCGGUUCGUCUUUGCUUCCUUCCAGGAUUUUCUGGCGAGCGGAGCUUUGACAAGGGGCCUCCGGGACGAAGAAGAACUACCUUCUCUAGAAGAAUUGCUUGGGGCCGGCUCGCAUGGGGACGACUGGUGGAACACUUUUCUGAACAUGGUCGUGGACAGGAGUCCAUCGAAAUUCAAGAAGCUUUUCGAGAGGCGGUGUUGUAACUGGAAGCCCAGCGAACAUGACGGUGACACGCCGCUGCAUGCAGCUGCGCGGAAUCGACGGCUUACUAUUUUCGUGGCUCUGCCGCAGCUGAGCGAAUGUGUGCGGAAGUAUAUGAAUGUCUACAACGACAAAGGGUUGCUUCCUCUCCAUGAGGCUGCCAAAGCAGGCAAUGCUAUGGCUUGUGAAGCUAUGAUCUCGGGAGGCUACGCCGAUCUCUGGGCUCAAGCGAAAUACUCGGGCUGGGUGCCGUUGCAUUUUGCUGCUGCUAAUCACCAGAAAGCUGUCAUUGACGUUCUGCUGGAGGCCGCGAGGAAGGAAGGGGCUCUGCUCGGAAGUCGAGAAGGUCGCCGGGUUGCCCUGCCGAAGCUGCAAGUGUGUGGUCAUCAGUUAGCUAUGGACAUCGUCUCGAAGGACUGUACGCUGACUGAUGAGGAGUUCGUGUCGAGAGCGAAGAAAACUUUCCCUGAGCUCUCCUACUUCCGCGGGCGAAGCGAUACUACUCCCGAUCAAAGUGCUGCUGUUGCACUUGACCCAGCUGAUAUUGAGUUCCGGCGUACUAUGGGUGCGCUGCUCUCGGUAUUCUGGGUAUGUGCCGAUCGGUAUGACGACUUUGUGCGGAACCAACCUCCAAGCAACAGGCUCUCGAGGGAGAACUGGAGUCAUCUUCAGCGGUGGGUUAGGAACGUCGUUAAGCUGACCGACCCGCAAGAGCCCGAUGCUGUCGAUGCGAUGCUUUGCUUCAUGUCGAUACAUGACUUGGGUAAGAUGAAGGACUUCAGAGAGGAGUUGGCUCCAGGAUAUCAGGACCACGAUGCUGGUCUGUCGUACAUCCUGAGCAGGUCGCCUGAGGUGCUCCCGAGCUACUGUCGUCUUCCCGACAAGUACCAGCUCUUGAUCGAGACUUCUCUGAAGGUGGAUUUCAACUUCGGUCAAUUUCUGCAAGCUGAGAACCUGCCCGCGAACAUCAAGAAUAUCCGUGAUAUCCGAAGGGACUUGUCUCCGGGUAUUCGAGAUCACGACAAAGCUCUCUUAUAUAUCAUCGAGAAUACCCCCGCAGUACUCCCUAGCUAUCUGAGGUUGCCUGCUUUCUACCAGAAGCUGAUACAUUCCGCACUUACUGUGGAGUUCAACUUUGGUCAGUUUCUGCAGGGCGAAAAUCUGCCGGCCAACUUGGUGAAGGUGAAGACUAUGCUGGGUGACGAGGGGAAGGAUGCUUUGUCGUUCUAUCUGUUCCACAUCUUCGUUGACAUUGCUGGUAGCUCCGGCACCCGUACUUGGGAAGGAAGUUUGACCAUGGAUCAGUCUCUAUACAGUACCUUCCAGGAUGGCGUCAACUGUUUGGAGAUGCUUACCACGGAGAGCGUCGAUGAUGUGUACAAGUCGUACUUGACUAGGCGAGCGCGGGCGACUGGGGCAGAUGUGGUCAACAGAGCAGACUUCGCUCUGGCCCGGCUGAGCUGUCAAGCCCGUGUCAGUGACUUUAGUGAUGCCGAGGAAGUCACAGCUGUGUGGAACGAAGGGCUGACUCCAGCAGAGCGCUCGGCCCUCACGGAAUUUCUCACUAGAGAUGGUAUUGUUGGUCGCCCCGGCUACCUUGUUUACUAUGCUCCCGCUUUCUUGUGCAACUGCAAGCGGAAUGACUCCGUGGGCCUGUUAUCUGCUGUGAGGAUGCUUUUAAAAGUCUACGAGACUGCUGAAGACGAGUUUGGUGACGCUGCGCUGUACCAAGAUGGCUACGUCACAAUCCACAUCAAGGAUUUGGCUAUUCUUGGAGCUACAUAUUCUGCCCGAAUGCCCUUCGACCAAAUGAAACUGUUCCUGACCAAGAUCAACGCUUCCGAGGCGAUGGUCGAGGGGAAGCCCUGGAUUCCAGUCACAGAUGAAGCGCUACUGGCUCGUCAUCGGAAUGCGGGAUUGCGCUUAGCGCAGGAUAUCUUGAGCAACUCAUGCACAGAGACCGACUUCCUGCUGCAGAUCCGUUCUGUCUAUCCCGAGUUGGGCUACUUCAAGGGGCGGAUUGAUCUCACUCCUGAUGCCUCGGCUUCAGUACCGCUCGCUGCCGCAGAAGUUGAGAGUUUGAGGACCCAAGGGGCGAUGCUGAGUGUAUUCUGGGUGUGCUCUAACCAGUACGACCAGUUUGUAAGGGGGCAGAAUCCUAAGGAUCGUCUCAGCGAGCGUUCUUGGCAAGCUAUUCGGCAGUGGAUUACCGACGUGGUGAAGAUCAAGACUGUACGCGACGCGGAGCUCCUGGAUGCCUUUCUGUGCUUCACAGCGAUCCACGACCUCGGUAAGAUGAACGACUUCCGAGCAGAUGUUGUACCUCAUGAAAUUCGUGACCACGACGCUGCUCUUGGGUACAUCAUGGACCACUGUCCUGAAGUUCUGCCUAGCUAUAAGAGCCUGUCCGACCACUACAAGGACUUAAUACGGACUUCACUUCGUGUCAACUUCAACUUUGGACAGUUCCUCCAGGGUGAGAAUCUACCGGCAAAUCUGGUCGGCGUGAAGCGGCUUUUUAAGGACAAGACGACUGAUGCUAUGCCCUUUUUCCUAUUCCACAUAUUCGCCGAUAUGUCUGGGAUUUUGGGUGCGAGGUCUUUGGAGGGAAGCCUCUUUAUGACUGAGACCAUGUACAACAACUUCGCCCGAGGAAUUGACGCUCUCCAGGAGCUACAGACUGGUUCUCCUCGGGAUGUAUAUGAUCGCUUCCUUCUCAAACGAGCGGCUGAGAGCUUCCCGAAGAUCACUAAUAGAGCGGAUCGAGCAUUUGCAAGGCUGGUGUGUCUAUGUCGUAUCUUCAACCCAGCUGACACGCGGCUACUGCAAGAUGCCUUCGACGAUUUGCCCGCUGCCAAGCGUGAGGAGCUUGUAGAGCACCUCAACAGAGAUGGUAUUGACGAGAAGCCCGCGUAUCUGCUGUACUAUGCACCAGCGUUCAUGGAGAACUGCAAGCGGAACCCGGUUCUCGGUCUUGGCCCUGCUUUGAAGCUGUUGGUGAGAAUCUAUGAAUUAGUCGACGAGGCCUUCAAGGUUGACUCUUUAUCUCCGAAAGAGGACGCCGAUGACUCAGAGGUCGACGAUAAUGUGAAGACUGAGGUGGCCGUUUCUAGCAGUGUUGGAUGCACUACAGAUGCAACUGCUGCACCCUGUGAAGUUGAAAAACCUACAAGCUCGUCGCCUGACCACCUCCCAGGGGUGGUGACUGCUCAUUUGCGAGAGUCUGCGGACUGGGUGAAACAGUUGCGGGACUACUCGCAAUUCUCAGAGAAUCGGCUCGUUAUGCAACGCAUUAGUCCGAAUGAGGCUGUCGUCCACGUGGUAUCACUCUCUGUGAAUAUGUAG